AGUUCCAAGUAGGUAAUCCCUUCCGAGAAGUCCCACCUUUCUGAGCCGCUGUGUUUGAAGAAAGCUAGUGGGAAAAGUUCCAGGGCUACAUGUCAGGAAACUACAAGAGUUAGAAACAUUUGUUGAUUUACCAGUGUUUUUAACUUCCUGCUGGGCUGAAAACUGCUUGUUUUGUGGAAAAGCGAAACUUGGCAGCAAACAUCUAAAAUGAAGAGCCCCCAAACUUUUGAGGAACAAACGGAAUGCAUUGUGAACACUCUACUCAUGGACUUCUUGGGCCCAACAUUGCGGGUUGCCAACCGGAACCUAUGCUGUGUAGAUGAAGUAGAUUCAGGAGAACCUUGCUCUUUUGACGUGGUUACCAUUGCCGGUCGCCUUCGGAUGUUGGGUGACCAGUUCAACGCAGAAUUGGAAACUUCUGCCAAAAACAUCAUUGCAGAAACCAUUCAGGGACAGGCAGGAGCUAUACUCCAGAACACAGUGGAAUCUCUCAGCAAGACCUGGUGUGCUCAAGAUUCCAACUUAGCUUAUGAGAGAGCCUUUCUGGCAGUGUCAGUGAAACUUCUUGAGUAUAUGGCUCACAUCGCUCCUGAAGUAGUGGGACAGGUGGCUAUCCCCAUGACGGGUAUGAUCAAUGGGAACCGAGCCAUCCGGGAAUUCAUCCAGGGCCAGGGAGGUUGGGAAAAUCUGGAGAGCUGAAGAGGUGGAGCUAUUCACGAGACUGAACAUCACUUCCUUGUUGACUGAUUGGGUGAUUAACUCCUGGCAAUUCAAACAAACAAAUAAAAAAACACUUUUUUCAUUUUAUCAGAACU